UGGAGCCACGCUUCCGCCCAGCUUCCCCAAGGCUUUAGGUCGAGGCUUUCAGUGCGCGCUCAUGAAAUUGCCUUCCUGAUCCGAUUAAAGAGCCCACUUUGGCCGAGGGCUCUCUUUUUACGCUGCGCCUUGGCGGCGCUUGCCCGAAGGGGGCCCCGAUCCUCGGCUUCCUCUCCCAGGUUACGGGCUAGACUGCAACCUGAGCAGGGGGUUCCUCGGGAGGAAGUCCCGUUGAAUGCCCUGGGAGGGAACUUCUCAGGGAGCGCAAGUGUAAGGAGGCACCACCGGCUGAUGGGGAAAGGAAGAAGAUUAGCACAACAAACGCUGAGAGCUGCAUUCUCUCCCCUUCCCCGAUAAGAUCCCGACUCCAACAUGGGGAAACAGAACAGCAAGUUGCGCCCCGAAGUCAUGCAGGAUUUGCUAGAAAGCACAGAUUUUACAGAACACGAAAUCCAGGAAUGGUACAAAGGCUUUCUGAGAGACUGUCCAAGCGGACAUUUGUCCAUGGAGGAGUUUAAGAAAAUCUAUGGGAAUUUUUUCCCUUACGGGGACGCUUCUAAAUUUGCCGAACACGUCUUCCGCACGUUUGAUGCGAACGGCGACGGAACGAUAGACUUCAGAGAAUUUAUCAUUGCCUUGAGCGUAACAUCCCGAGGGAAACUGGAGCAGAAGCUGAAGUGGGCAUUCAGCAUGUAUGACCUGGAUGGAAACGGCUACAUCAGCAAGGCGGAGAUGUUGGAAAUAGUUCAGGCAAUCUACAAGAUGGUUUCUUCGGUUAUGAAGAUGCCAGAAGACGAAUCGACACCCGAGAAAAGAACAGAGAAAAUCUUCCGCCAGAUGGACACCAACCGGGACGGAAAACUUUCUCUGGAAGAGUUUAUUCGAGGAGCCAAGAGUGACCCAUCCAUCGUCCGUCUCCUUCAGUGUGACCCCAGCAGCGCUGGGCAGUUCUAAAACAGUUGCUUGGAUUAUUUCAUGUCUCUGGGGGUUUUUUUUUGGUUUCUUUUCUCUCUCUCUCUCUCUUUUUUUGCCAAAACAACAUUCAUGGUGGCAUUGCCUCUGUCUGGCCAACUAUGCCUUCUUUUGUGGCACCUUUCGCUUUUGUUGUGGCAGAUCAGGUAGAAGUUGUGCUAGGAAAACACUCUCCCAAAUGCAUACAGAGAGAGCUGCCCACACAACUAUGUCAGUUUUCAAAUGGUUGUCACAAUCUGCGCGGCCUGGUCCUCAAUCAGUUUGCCUGGGAGCAAAUCCCACUGGGUUUGAACAGGACUUCCUUCCAAGCAUGCUUAGGAUUGAAGCCUUAAGUUUUGAUUUGUCCGUCAAUUCCAAGCUAAAAAAAGAGAAAUGUGGAAGGGACGAGAGCCCUUUGCCAGAAGUAUGUAGGGUUCUGAGACAUACAUGGAGUAGUGCGCAAGAAACGUCUACCGUGUUCCCUUCAGUGCUGGGGAAUGCCGAAGAACAUUCUCUGGCAUUGCAGCAAAUGAAGAAGCCUCUUUCAGAGCUCCAUGUGUGCACCAGUGAUGCUAGUGGCAGGGUUUGGAUCACAGUCAGACCAAGUAAUUUAACAUUCCUGGCGGCAUUCAGCUACGUUUUAAUCAGAAUGGACCCACUGAGAUUCAUUGAAUUGUAGAGUUGGGAGAGACCCCUAGGGUCAUCUAGUCCAAGCACCCGCAACGCAGGAAUCACAACAAAAGCAUCCCUCACACAUGUCCCUCAAACAUCUGCUUAAAAACCUCCAGUGAAGGGAGAGUCCACCACCUUCCGAAGGGGUCCACACCAACAUCAAAUAGCUCUUGCCGUCUGAAAGGUCUUCCUAAUAUUUAGUCAGAAUCUCCUUUCUUGUCAUUUGAAUUGAUUGGUUCGGGUCUUGCCUCCUGGAGCAGGAGAAAACAAGCUUCCAACUUCCAUGUGAUCCCCUUCAGAUAUUUGAAGAUGGCUAUCGUAUCGCCUCCUUUUCUCCAGGCUUAACUAUUCUUCACAAGGCUUGGUUUCUAGAGCCUUGAUCAUCUUGGUCACCUAACAUGACUAAUGUUCAUUCCUUUCCAUGGGUCUACCCCGAGUAAAGCGUAGUUGAAUGCCACCGUCUGUCUCCAUGUUAUGCUAGAGGUGGGCUGCUGCAACAAACCUCUGUAAGGUCCCUGCUUAUCUCUAAUAAAAUUACCUGUGGUCACUGCUUAGAGGUAAGCAUGAAGGUUUCUAGAGUUAAACGCAGCCCUUAGUUCCUAGUACAGCAGCCAAAUGAGUUCUGUGCACAAAUCCCAAGUAAUGUGUGCCUGGCAGGUGUGAUAUUUGCUGUUCUAAUCAUUCAGCCUCAAUAAACACAAUCAGGGGGACCAUUUGAUACAUUGGGUGUAGAUUUAACCCAUGGACAAUUCCUUUUAGCGGCCAAGGUGCGAGUUAGAGGAGAAGGCAGGGGGGGGGGGAACGAUAGACACCAGUGCUACCAUGACACACACAAAGGACAGCGCACCUUGCCUAUCGGUGAUGCCUCCACAGCGCUGGGGAGCUCUGAAUGCUUCUGUAUGAUGAAGGUGCGGUGGGUGGGGGAGAGAGAAGAAAGGUUGUUCAGCUGCCUUCUCUGGGUGAUGCGACUGCAUUUCUUCUUAAAAGGAGGACAUGCAUUUGGAGAGAGGGCAGAAGAAAAUGCCACACAGCAGUUGUGAUGCUGGCUGUUGGUUACCAUUGGGAUCAGGGAAGGCAACUUGUGUAUGUGGGAAACUUGAAUUGAGGAAAUCCAACCCUUGGGGGAAAGUGAAAGUUUUGGUGGGCUGAUGAUAAAGAAGAAGCACCUACAACUCAAAGGCCACUUUCAGGGAAGAGAGCAACAAGGAAAUGGCAGGAUUUGGUGGUUGGAAGACAGAGAAAUCUUGGAGGUGUCCUUUUUCUCUUCCUUCUUAUAGACAGAAGAAAGUUGACAAGAGUCAGGUGAUAUGCCAGCAAACAUGUGUUUCCUAAACACAUGCCUGCCAAACUUUGGGAAAGCAGGAUGCAGUUUUUAGGGGGAGAAUAGCUUAACUCUCCUUGCACUUGCCAAUUCUCCCCUACAAACGCUCCUCCAAGGUCGUAGAAAUCAUAGCGUCAGGAAGAGGCACCUUGGAGGUCAUAUUGUCCAACUCCCUGCUUCUGCAGAGCAGAAUGCAGCUCAUCAUCUCUGCCAGAUGUUCACCCAGUCUCUGCAUCAAUACCUCUAGCAAAGAAGAGCUUGUUGCCUACUGAGGCAGGCUGUUCCGCUGUUCCAUUUCCCCAUGCCUUCUUCUGGUCUUGGAACCAGAUUGGCAGAAGAACAGUGGGAUCAAUAGGGCAGCAUUUGCAAAGGAGAAUCAGCAGGGUUAAAUUCCCCACCCCCACCCCCACCCGCACACCACUUCCCUCCUGCAAAUGCCCUGCGCCUGCAUCAGAGAUAAACUCAGUACUGGGAACCUGGUGUUUGAUUUGUAACGUGGUUCUGUCCUGAAGAAGCAGCAGGAAAACCCCCCACAAACUUGCAUGUGGAAGAAAAGCAGUGGAGGAGUCACUUCAGGUUGAGCACUCAAAAUCACAGCACAAUUUGAGCAGCUGACACGGAGGGAAGCAUAUUGAUUUGGGUGCGGUUUGGUUUCACAAUUGCAGAGGGGAGAAAACUCACCAACCAGGUGCCCCUUUCUCCUUGGGUGUCCACAUUGUAAAGUGGUCUUGUGAAAUGGCUAGGUUUGUUUUGGUUUCUGGUUUUCACGUGAUCUCGCCAUGUGGUUGCACUUUCACAACACCAUCUGAAUCACACCUCAGAAGUGGCUGUGUGAAUCAGCCUCAAAACUUAUCUAUAUCCUGGGUUGGUUGGUUUUUUUAGGCAGGGCACACCUGGGACCAUGGGAAAACGCUAGCAUCCCAUACUGUUCAGAUAUUAAAUUGUAGGAUUCAUGCAUCAGUACACCACCAUGGUCUGUACUGAAACAUGGAAAUGGUGCCAUUUGUGAUAUAUUUAUAUAUACUUAAAUAUAUAUUAAAAUAUUUUUUUAAAAUAUAAAAAAACUAUAGGAGAAAGAUGUUGGACUUUUAUCUCUUUUUUUGCUUUCUUUUGCCUGAAGGCAAUUGAUUAUUUUGUUUUUCCUCUUCUUCUUCUUUAGACCUCAGAUAGUUAGAUGGGGAAAAGCAGAAUCAAAAUAAUAAGCACAAUUUAAGCUCACAAACAAGAAUACGGAAACCCACCAGUUGUUCUGGAAAAGGGUUAGAGGAACCUGUGCCCCCCCCAUUUUUUGGUUAGAUUCCAAGUCCUGUUCAUCCCAGCCAGCAUGGCCAAUGGUUAGGGAUGAGGGGAGUUGCCACUUGAUCAGCAUCUACAUUGCACCAGAAUGAAGGUUGGCAGAAGGUAGAUCAGGAACUGUCAGUUGAUCUUGGGGUGAUUUGCAGGAGAUUGGCAAGUGUUUCUUCUCUCCCAACGGUUUGUUUAACAAUAGCAAAGGCCAGCAUGACCCUCUCCUGCAGCCCCACCUGAAAUUAGGCUGUUUUGAUGAAUGAAGCUUAAAGAGAAGGCAGCUGUGAAUCCCUCUGUGUGUGAAAGGGCUGUGAGAUCAGUCCCUGGCCCUUAACCCAAAGCAUACAGAAGCCUAGCCAACGCUCCAUUUUGUGCCAGCGGAUGGACCUCCCAAGUUCCAGUAAAAAUGAAAUAGACCCAUCAAGCCUCAAGCUCAAAGCCAUCUGGCCAGCUGUUCUGAUGCAGGGUAAGGGAAUAGAGCUGCUUGUUGAUGGGAACAUCCACAGGGCUCCACGGGUGCUACAUGGGAGCGCUUGCAUCUGCAAGGGCUACAUCUUUUGCUCUGGCACCUAGAGGGAAGAAUGCCAGGGUGGGUUGCAUCUCCAGGUGUGAUGGGGGAGCUAGCAGAGUGCUGUCUGCAGGCUGACGGGGGUCUCCUUUGAGAACUGUAUGCACAAUGGGGGUGUAAGCUGGCAAUGGCUCCUCUCCCUUCAGACUCUCACAGUUGCUUAGCUAGGAAAACGAGAACCCCAAACUCUGCACCACUUGGGUCACAGGGCCGCCAUUUCACGUCACAGUGGAGGAGAGAUUCCCAGCAGAAACGAAAGCAGUGAGUUUUAGGAACAUUUGUUGCGGCCACAGAGUACCUUGCAAGAGAACCACAGCUAUGUUAUUAACAAAAGCAAAGUGGGCAUUGCCUACCUUCUUAAGUGAGGGAUUCUUUUAUUGCUUCUGACUUGCAAACCUAAUCCAUGGGUCCAUUUCAUUGAUGUGAUAACAAAGGCCAGUGAACUGGUCCGAUAGAGGUGCUCCUGAGGAAUAGUCCAAUGGGAUCUAAAACAGGGCACCUGCCUUUCAUUUCCCCCCUCCCCAUAUGCCAAUCUGGCAGACUUUUGAGAUAGUUUGUCACUUAUUGAGGCUAUGUAUCUAUACAUAGUGCACUGAGAGGAGGAGGAGAAAGGGCUUCCUGGGAUUUGUCAAAAGUAACCUUGUGGAGACAGAGCGCAGCUGAGCCUUAAUGCAAAGCAAGGUUAGUUCUGCUGCUGCUAACAUUACAUGGUCUAACUUGGAGUAUAAGCAGCAACUAUUGUUGACUAGAUGUUUAGUGAGACUGGCAGUGAUCCUUUGUACCAUGUGGGUAGCAGAACAUAUAUUCACUCCCAAAGCAACCAAAUCCCCGAAGAGAUGUCCCAGUGCAAUGUGUUCUUCUCUACCAUCCAAGCUGCCUACUGGCUGUUUAUCAGAGCCAAAACAAGGCUUCUCCCGACGAUUCCUGUCUAGAAAUAACUAACAAGGUGAUAGUCAAGUCAUACUAAACCACGGGUGUCAAACACAAGGCCCGCGGGCCGAAUUCGGCCCGCCAGACCUCAUCAUGUGGCCCGUGUAGCCGCCGCUGGACACCAGCCUUCACCUUUUAUUCUCGCUUUUUUUUUUUUUGACACAAGAAAGCCACCUCUUCAGCGCAUGCGCGGCAGCCUGCAAGCCAGAGAACGCCUGCCCUCUAGCAGCGCUGGCCGUUCUCCACAGGAAACCUCCACUUUACAUGCAUUCAUGUAAAGUCCUACAGAUACAACCGGCCCUUUGAGGGUGACCAAACUGCUGAUGCGGCCCCCGAUAAAUUUGAGUUUGACACCCCUGUACUAAACUAAGGCAACUCCUGUGCCCUUAACCUAAGGGGCCAUGUCAAAAUUACUCAACGGUAUAGCUAGGGGACGUUCCCCAAAUACCCAUCACAGAUACAUCCACAUGAUAUAAUCCUCGGCCUUGCUGGUUCCAAAUCAUUCUUUUGCCAGCAGCUUGUGGCCAUGUGACUCCAGAAUAGGGUUGCCACCUGUCCUGUGUAAUACAGGAUCUUCCUGUAUUUCAGUGUAAAAUGCCAUGUCCUAUGUUGAUUCAAUACAAGACACUAUUUGCCCUGUAUUUCCUUUAUUUCUGUUCUGUUGUGCUCUUUUGCUUUCACUCCCUUGGCCAAGUUAAGGAUCUCCCCCCCCCCCCCGCCUCUCCCUCUUUCUUGGCCAUGUUAGGGUUCUUCUCCACAUGCCCCCCUCUGCUACUGCAGGGAAGGCAUGGAUCCAGGUGGUUUUUCUUUGGUCCCGCCAUUUUCCCUGGGAAAACCCACUGUUUCCCCCUGAAUCGAAACAAAGGUAAAUUGGGUUUUAGACAGAUUGACAGUGCUUCCGAUUCAGCAGUAAAUGGAGGGUUUACCAGGGGAAAGGAAUGAGACAAAAAAGCAAAACUGCUCAGACCCCAGCCACUGCCCUGUGCCUAGAAAUUGUGGCACGAACAGAAGUCUGAGUGAGCCCCCAGGCGUGUCAUGAAGCACACGUCAUUGCUUCCAAUAGCUAACUGGCUUGUAAAGUCAUUUUUAGUGGCCACACACAAAUUGACACUGGUAUAAUUCUAAAGGAAUAGUUUGCAUGGAGCAAGAAGCAAGGCAUUAGCGUAUAUAUGUAUAGAUAUCAUUGCAGUUACGUUGUGUGUGUGUGUGUGUGUGUGUGUGUGUGUGUGUGUGUGUUUUGGUAGCCGUUACUGUAGUCGCUGGGAAAUUCUCUCUUUGAAAUUCCCACUGCCUCGCAUAGCUUGCAUGCAGCAAUGGUAACCUAUUAGGCAACCGUUACUUGGAUGGUACCACAGGGCGUGACUUGAGCAUAGAUAGCCAUUUCAUAUAACGUAGGGCCAGAAACACACCUUUCAUUAUUUUUAUGUCUUGAAAACUUGUACGACUGUUAUGAAAUAGUAAGAGUUUGGCCCAUCCUGUUUGAUAAAAUCUUGAGAGAUGUUCCCGACUGCAGAGUCCUGGGUUUGGGCAUAUUGCUUAGUAUACAGAGAGUGAUUGCCUCUGAACCUUCCGCCAGUGUCUUCCCAUGUGUUUUGUCAAUUCCACCAGAGUGGCAGUUGAUUGAUCCCACCAUACACAUGUUUGUGUUACAAAACCGAUAAUAUUUUGUUAAUUUCAUGGUUCCAAGUUAGACUAAAAGGCCAUCUUGAAGUUGCAUCCAAUCUCCUAGCUAUGAAGCCACGUUGUAAAUGGUGUUUGUCACAUGGCAAGUUCUUCUGCUGCCUGUUGGAAAACAGGAUUUUGACACGCAUAGUAAUUCAACUAGAUGAGGUGGCUGCUACAGCAGAGCUGCAAAACUUGUGAUGGAGGUUUCUGAUGGAGAGCCUAUGGUCGUUCCCCCCCCCAAAAUGCCACACAUCCUCCUCCUUUCAUUCAUCAGCAGGAACAGGGCAGAGUUGCUUCCCUGGCUUCCCAAUGCAGAGGUAGCUGCUGCUAACUAAGAGGUGAGGCGGCAGGAAGGUCCAUGUUGGCAAUGUGGCAGAGCCGAUCUGUCACUCCUGAGGCUGCCCCUUGCCUCUCUCCCUCUUGGUUGCCAGCAGCGACUUCUGCAUUGGGAAGCCAAGUAAGUAACUUGUUUGAAAAUGUGCUGCUAGUGCCAUUACAAAAUGGCUGCUGUGGUGUGCGGCAUAACACAAAAUGGCUGCCAGAACAGAGCGGGGAGGGGAGAGGAACACAAAAUGGUGUGGGCAUGUUUCCCCUCAAUGAGAAAAAGCAUUUACACCAGCCACCUACUUCCAUGCUUGCUCACAGAGAGGAGGUUCUUUGCUCUGUUCUGAAGGAAGGGUGGGAAUGAAAUGUCAUGUUGAAGGAAGCAUAUUCAGUAUGGGAGAAACCAAACCAGGACAAAGAGGAAUUGAACAGCAAGAGCAUAUAGUCUGCCAUGCAGUGUGGAUUUUUGAGGGGAUAAUUACUGAGAUUCUUCACAGCUGGCAUAGGAGGUAAUUGUGGGCACACUGGCACCAGGUUGGCAGCCGUCGAAUUGAUGCAAUUGCCUGUUGUGUUUGGAGCACAUACUCUUUUCCAAAGGUGGCAAAGUUAGCUCUCAAAGUCUAAAUUACUUCCAUCCUAUCGUAACUCCCAUAAAUGCUUUAGGGUGGGAUCCAGCCACAUCUUCACUGAUGGAAUUUUCAAAACAUGAAGCAUAACCCUGUCAUGAUGUGUUUUAAACCCCUAUCAUCGCUGGAGCAUGGAGAAAGAGCUCUGUUUGUAAGGAGGCUUAAGACUUGAGCUGGGGGGAAAUUCAGUUCGGUUCUCAUUUAAACACAGGCCUGUGUAAUUUGCACUUCCUGAAACAACGCACAAACUGAUACACAGCCGUCCUUCAAGAUUUGCACUCCUUUGAAUUUUGCAAUGCAGUUCCCCAGCCAAAUACAAAAGAUGUGUAUAUUAGGGAAAAGUGUGCAUUAAAAUGCAUAUAUUAGUGAAAAUGACAUAGAGGAAUGUGUAUAUUUGACUAAACUGCAUACAGAAAUGUGUGUAUUAGGAGAAAUUCACAUUAAAAUGCUGGCAAAUA